AAUUCGUUCGGAAAUUACGAAGACCGAAAUCCAAACAACAAGAACCGAAACUAAUUUGAAUCCCGCUGGUAAUGACAUAAUCUCUUCAAGCACAAGCAAUGGCGGUGUGAGCCAAUGAUAUUGCACGAGUUUCUUCCAUACAUCAAUUAGGAUAGGGAAAGGGAAUAAGCUUCCGGAUAGGCAGAUGGACCUGCAUCCGUAGAUCUGGAACCGCGAAGUUGUCCCUUCGACUGGCUCAACAAGCUUGUCCCUAAACAUCACAUUCCGUUCUCUGACUUUCCCGCUUUUUCGGCACUUGAUUUCAUUGUAUUGAAAUCAGUGCCAGUGUAUGCAGGUGUUUUGUUGUAUCAUAUAAACGUUACUGGCUUUGGUGAAUUUCUACAGCAGACAGCGAAUCUGUUUAUGUCGGUAUUUGUACCUUGUAACAAUUUCGCAGAGCCUCCUGCGAACUGUUCUGGAACUGGCAAUGACAGACUUGGACUCAUUCCAUUCUCUUUUUUCUUCUAUAUCACGCUUCAACAAUUACUUAUUGGAUGCUUUUACGUCAACUACACAUCAAAACUGUGUCCUAAAAAGGUAGAGAAGGAUCAACUAAACCCAUACCAGCCAUAUUCAUUGUUAGAAUUCAUAUAUUCAAAAAAAUUAAAGAAGAAUAAACAUGACAGAGGUUCCUGUUUCAACUAUUUCAACUCUCGAAGAAGCUGCCAUAAUGCAAUUUGCUGUACUUCUUUCCACCGAUAAGGAGAUAAGUCAGUUAAUGAAAUAUGCAUUGCAUGCAGAAGUCCCUAACCAAAGAUGGAAAAAUUUAUUAAGAAGAAAAAUAUCUGAAAUGGCACUACCUGCUCACUUUCAUAAAAGAUUAAUUUCAAUAACAAGCCGUGUUUCUUUGUUUAUGGAGCAGUUAAAAUCAAUCCAUGAUGAAAUUUCACCAGCAUUUGGUGGACCAUGUCAAUGCUUGCAUGGAAUUUUGCACAGCUUUGUCUUUCACUCAUCAGAUGGUGUCUUUGAUGAAAGAAAAACUGUUGAGAGAAUUGUUGCAGACCAACGAAUAGAUGUGGCAUUUCGAUUCACACUGGCCAAUAUAUUCUGUAUGGAAAGUAGUCGAGUAUCUCUCCAGCAACAAUUGCUCAGGGGGGCACAAUCUGAUUCCUCUGAAAACAACUGGCCAAAUUAUUCGGAAUCCAGAUCUCUUGUCAUGCUCAUUUACAAAACCUUCUGUUUCCGACAGACAUUUUUGAUUCGAGGAGGGAACUUUUUGGUUGAUUAAGUUCACUAUGGUACAGUGAUUACUUUAUUAUUUACUUUUGAAGAUUGACGAGUAUUUAUAAAAGGAAUAGAAUCGGAAAAUGAAAUUCUGAUUCAGAAAACUUGUAUUUAUUUUAGUCCAUGCAUGUUUGUUGGCAUUUGUAUAAAGAAGCUGAAACACUGAUUGAAGAUGGUAACAGUGAUUGCUUUAUUCAUUUCCUUUGAAGAUUGAUGUGAAUUAGAAAACGGAAUUCUACCCAUAUGUGUUUGUUGGCAUUAGUGUUAUGAAACCCGAGACACCGAUUGGUGUUGGAACAAAUUCUAUAAGAAUUCUAGUUAAUCAUCUUUGUGCUUCAUGGAUGAUGCUUUGUGUAUAUUUUGUUGUUUAAAAAAGAAACAGUAUGAAGGGUAGGACCCUCUACGGAAUUUCACAUCACCUCAUUUCAGUAAGAUAUGAAAAUCGAAAUAUAGCAAGAAAGAUUUAAAGGCGAAAAUUUUCCUGCUGAUUUUCUUUGAAAGCAGAUAAUAACUUUCUCUGCUGCUAAUAUUUAUUGUGUCAUUAAUGCUUAUUAUUCAAUUUCAUAAUAAUUGAUGUUAUGUGCAAAUUUUGAUUCAUUUCUUGUUUUCAAGUUAAUUUUAUAUUCUAAAUUAAUGUCUUGUAUCCU